AUGCGGUGGCCCUCCUUGGUGUGUAGAACGGCGCGGUCGCGUGCAUGGAUACGGUCGUAUACCCAAAGUGCAUGGGAUGAGCUCUUGGCCGACACGAAUUCCUCGACACAUGGCAGUUCAUUGAAUCAAGAUACCCCGACAAAUUCUGUGCUCCGAGAUAUCUUGUAUGCACAGGAGCGGCCCAACUCGCCAUCACUGCGUCAGCGGCGGCGGCAUUAUGAUACGUCAGCACUGACACCCUCAGAGUCUGCACAAUUUCGAAGGAUCUUUGAAUUGUUAGGGCAAGAGACGGAUCAUACGCCGGUGCCUGAUCCAGCAUUGGAUGCGUUUGCGCAGCGCAACGCCCUGCGGCCGAAAAAGCUCACAGCUCGUGGCGGUGGUGUAGGUACGCGAUUUGAAGCGAGUAUGGAAGGGCUUGCUGCCCAAAUUCCCGUCGAGGAAUUGGAUCGUGGCGUGGACCACAUUUGGGAGGCAUUGCAAACGAAAAACACGGUCGUGGAAACAUGGCAAUGGGCUGAGAAGCAUGUAUGGGCGCAAGACGCAGCAUAUGGCGCACAUACGGCUUUUUUUGCACCGGCACUACAUAUGCUUCUAUUGACAUUGCGCGACAAGUACCGGGCGCCACACACAGCGUUAGCUGUCAUGGAUAGGACACGCAAGAAUGGCGCACACGCCUAUGUGCUGGGAUGCACGUCGUCCCUGUUUGCUGAAAUGAUACGAACGCAAUGGCUCUGUUUGGGUGACGCGCAAGGUGUGCUUGCGACGGCCAGGGAAGCGCGUUCAGCAGGUGUCUUCACAGACUCAAUCGCGAAGAAGACAGAACGUGACGAUGCAUCCCUACACACUCAGAUGGAACGCGUACGCGACCAACUCCGAGCCCAUGUGAUGAAUGGGGCACAGGCGCGUGUUAGGAAUCCGGACGGCACAUUGGCUAUGCUGGCAGAUGAUCAUGACGCAUUGCAAAUGGCCGCUGAGCUAGGCCGCAUUAUGGGGCGCAAAUCGCUGCGUCCAAAACCGGCCACCAAGCCCAAGGCGCCUCGAAAGAGCAAGACGCCAAAGUCACUCUUGAUCUAUCCGCAAGAUCCACAGUCACUCUUACGGACCGAGGUACAUCGCCGUAUUGAGAGGCCGGUAGACCAUGAUGAUUAG